AUGUCUGAACGAAAAGUCUUGAAUAAAUACUAUCCACCAGACUUCGAUCCAUCGAAAAUCCCCCGAUCUAAACGAGUGAAAAAUACUCAAUUUAGUAUCCGCCUGAUGGCUCCAUGUAAUAUGAGAUGCAAAACCUGUGGUGAAUAUAUUUACAAAGGAAAAAAGUUCAAUGCUCGCAAAGAAGAUGUUAUGGGGGAAACUUAUCUCGGUAUGCAAAUUUAUCGUUUUUACAUCAAAUGUACGAAAUGUUUACGUGAAAUCACAUUCAAAACUGAUCCAGAGAAUGGCGAUUACGAAUUAGAACAUGGUGCCAUACGAAAUUUUGAAUCGAUUCGUCUCGCACAAAAACAAGCCAAAGAAGAAGCAGCCAAAGCUGCCGAGGAAGAAGCAUUAAAUCCGAUGAAGUUAUUAGAGAAUCGAACGCGCGAUUCUCGACAAGAAAUGGCUGCUAUUGAAGCAUUAGAAGAUAUUAAAGAAUCAAACGCUCGUCAUGCCGAUCUCAAUCUCGAAGAAAUGUUGAACAAAAAACGUGAAGAAGAAAAACAAUACGCGAUAUUGAAGAAGCAACUUGAAGAUGAAGAAGAUGAAGCCGAAAUUCGUAAAGCAUUUGGUAAACCAGCUGCUCCAUCUGAUUUCGAUAAUAACCAAACAGAAGAAGUGCAUGAAGAAAUACUACCAUUAUCAACAAGCGAUGUCAAACCAAAAGCAACAAUUUCAUUUGGCCAGCCAAGCAACUCAAAGAAACAACCUCCGAAAAGUUCGUUAGCGAUGGUUAUCAAGAAGAAACCGAUAACUGAUGCAACUCCAAAACCAUCCUCUGGCCUUUCGUCACUUGCUUCUUAUGAUGAUGAUGACGAUGAUAGUUCUUAA